ACUCUAUUACUAGAAACAUUAUAGUAUAUGUCACAUAUACUAUAGCACUUCUAGUAAUAGAAUACACCCGAGUGGGGAAUCUGAACGCAGCCCUGGUCUAGAAUAGUAUAAAUAUUUGUGGUCGAAUCCUUUUCCAGUUGGAAGCCUCCUAGUGGCAUCUUAAAGCGUUGACUCGUAAUUCAAUCACAACGUAAAAAUGUCAGGAGGUUUAGAUGUGUUAACCCUGAAGGAAGAAGAUGUUACUAAGAUGUUGGCUGCUGGUACCCAUCUGGGUGCUGAAAAUGUAAAUUUUCAAAUGGAACAAUAUGUUUAUAAGAAGAGAGUUGAUGGUGCAGGCGUUAAUGUCAUCAACCUUCGUCAUACGUGGGAAAAACUGUUGCUAGCGGCUCGUGCUAUCGUCGCCAUCGAGCACCCUAGUGAAGUAUUUGUAAUUAGCUGCCGUCAUUCGGGCCAAAGAGCUGUGCUAAAGUUUGCGGCCCAUACCGGCGCUACACCUAUCGCCGGACGUUUUACCCCUGGUGCAUUCACCAAUCAGAUCCAGGCUGCAUUUCGAGAACCGCGUUUGUUAAUAGUCACGGAUCCCUCCACCGACCACCAGCCCAUUACCGAAGCCAGCUAUGUAAACAUCCCGGUAAUCGCAUUCUGCAACACUGACUCGCCACUGCGCUUCGUAGACAUUGCCAUUCCUUGCAACACCAAAAGUCUGCAUACUGUCGGUCUGAUGUGGUGGCUACUCGCCAGGGAAGUCCUGCGUCUGAGAGGCUCUAUCCCACGAGAAACCAAGUGGGACGUGGUGGUGGAUCUUUUCUUUUAUAGAGAUCCCGAAGAGGCAGAGAAGGAAGAACAGGCUGCGAAAGAAAUUGCGCCGGUCAAGGAAUUUACGGCUCCGGUAGAGGCUACUCCAGCUCCUGAACCUGGCUGGGUGAACGAAGUUGAAACAACCGCUGUGACCACAGAGAAUUGGGCUGACGAUGUGGCACCGCCAACAGCCACUGCUAUUACCACGACUAAUACUGCGCAGUCUUUUCAAGCUGGUGGCGACUGGGCUGCACAGCCCCCAGAGGAGUGGUCGACACCGGUGGCAACACCUGCUACCCAAAGCUGGGGAGGUGCAAGCGAAAAAUGGUAAAUCUCUGGUGCUUUCUGACUUUUUAAGGAUAAUGUCAAAGCGCUUUAUAUGA